CGUUUAGAUGACUUAUUGUUUAUUUUACGACGUCGAGAAGAAUCGGUGUUUCAACAGCUUGUUAGCUAGUUUUGCCAGCUAAGCUAACUACGUCUCCGGACUAGCUUGUAGUUGUUUCCUUUUUGCUAUUAAAAAUGUUUGUUUGACUAACAUUGCUAAGUUUGUUGUAAUUUAUAUAUAAGUAAUUUAUAUAACAGGUCAUAAUCUAACAAUAUAUCGUUAUUCUCUUUUUAUUUGACCCUUUCUCAAAGUCAACACAGUUAUGAUGUGUUUUUUUAAUAACUAUCAUUCGAAACGAUGGUAAAAGUAUAGUCAAAGUAUGAAAGGGUCCUGGUCCACAGUCCUGGUCUUGGCAAAGCAGGCAAGGAGAUGAUGUCAGUAGGACUGGUAUGCAGAGACGCUGACAUCAGCCUCAAAAGUGUUGGCCAAAUAAGGAGGGAAGAAGUGUCAAACACACCGGAAGGGCAGCAGCAGGUCAUGGCCGGCUUCAGGCAGGAGGAUGUUGAGAUCUACUACGAGAUGGGAGAGGAGCUGGGCAGCGGGCAGUUUGCCAUCGUGCGGAAGUGCAAGGAGAAAAGCUCGGGCGUGGAGUACGCCGCCAAGUUAAUCAAGAAGCGCCGCCUCUCGUCCAGCCGGCGAGGCGUGAGCCGCGAGGAGAUCGAACGGGAGGUCAACAUCCUGCGGGAGAUCCAGCACAGCAACAUCAUCACGCUGCACGACAUCUUCGAAAACAAGACGGACGUCAUCCUCAUCCUGGAGCUGGUGUCCGGCGGCGAGCUCUUCGACUUCCUGGCCGAGAAGGAGUCUCUGACCGAGGAGGAGGCCACGCAGUUCCUCAAGCAGAUCCUGGACGGCGUGCACUACUUACACUCCAAACGCAUCGCUCACUUCGACCUCAAGCCGGAGAACAUCAUGCUGCUGGACAAGAACGUUCCCAAUCCCAGGAUCAAGCUGAUUGAUUUCGGGAUCGCGCAUCAGAUCAAAGCAGGGAACGAGUUCAAGAACAUUUUUGGAACGCCGGAGUUCGUAGCUCCAGAAAUCGUCAACUACGAGCCGCUGGGCCUGGAGGCCGACAUGUGGAGCAUUGGCGUCAUCACGUACAUCCUGUUGAGCGGCGCCUCGCCGUUUCUGGGCGAAACCAAGCAGGAGACCCUCACCAACAUCUCGGCCGUCAACUACGACUUUGACGAGGAGUACUUCAGCAACACCAGCGAGCUGGCCAAGGACUUCAUACGACGCCUGCUGGUCAAAGACCCCAAGAAGAGAAUGACCAUAGAAGACAGCCUGCAACAUUCAUGGAUAAAGGUCAUCAAGAGACGCAACGUGCGCCAGGAGGAGCGAGACCACAAGACCGAGCGGCGGCGCCUGAAGACCACCCGCCUGAAGGAGUACACCAUCAAGUCGCACUCCAGCAUGCCGCCCAACAACACCUACGUCAACUUCGAGCGCUUCUCCCAGGUCCUGGAGGAGAUCGCCUCGGCCGAGGAGGGCCUGAAGGACCUGGAGCGCAACCAGCGCUCGUGUCGCGAAGACGUGGCCGCCCUGCUCUCCAUCUACGAGGAGAAGGAGGCCUGGUACAAGGAGGAGAGCCAGAGCAUCUCCGGCGACCUGAGCGGCAUCCGCCAGGAGCUGCAGCGCACGCAGGCCCAGCGCAAGAAGAGCCAGGAGGACGCCCGGCUGGCCACGCAGUCCGCCAACAUCCUCAAGCGCAAGUUCGGACGCCUGGAGAGCCGCUACGAGUCGCUGGCCGAGCAGGUGGCCUCGGAGGUGCGCUGGGUGGAGGAGCUGGUCCGCUCCAUAUCCGCCGAAAAGGACCGCCUCGGCUCCGGCAGCACGCCGUGAGCUCAGCGACUCUUUCAUUCCUCACAUGCCUUGGAGUAAGGAGGACAACGUCCUCAACGUCCUCCCGUUAACAGAGGGCUCCUUUGCUGUGCUGUACAUUAAUUUAUUCUUUUUUUUUACGCCGCAUUUCACGUACUGUCAAUUUUACUCUUCACUUAACGCUGAAUUUUUACACCACAUUUUCUAACUGUCAGGAUAUUCUCAUGUAUUUUUCAUAGCGUUUGAGGAAGCCUUCCGUGUCAGACAGGCAAGCUGCGUGUUGAUACUGUUACAGAGCUUUCGAUAUCUCAAUCAUCACCAUCACGUUUUGCACAGUCGCCUUCUCAUGGAAACUUGAAAUACUCUCACUUUUUAUUUUUUUUUAAUGUUUUAACAUUUGUCAUCUUUGCACACCUCCAACAUUCCAUUGAACUUUGACCUAUACUGAACAUGUAUUCAUUGGCACUUGAAUGAUUUGAUUAUAGCAACGUUCCAAAAUGUAUUUUAAAUCAAUCUCUUAGCUGUAAAGAGCUGUAAAAAUGAACGGGUGCAGCUUAUUCCAAAUAAACAAAGUUUUAUCUGUAA